GUGAUAAGACCUACGUGACAGUGUCAGUGUUGACACACAACAUACACUAUUAUAAGUAGCUUUUUUAGGUUAUGUUUCGUUCUAUCAAAUAAAAAUAAAUUUGUUUAAAUAUGUCUAAGAUAAGACAAAUAAUAAGGACGUCAUAUUGUCGUUAUUACAGUGCUCAACAAUCAAAAAAGAAAUUGCCUAUAAUAUCGUGUAAGCGACCAGAAUUCAAUCAUUUUGAGGGUCAAACGUAUAGUAAGUUCGAAGGCAUAAAACUUGCGUCUCAUGGUUGGUUGCACGAUAAGUCUAAAGGAGAUUACUUUAUCAUAUACGGUAAUGCUAAUAAAAAGGAACAAAAAGAAGUAUAUAAAAAGAGUUUCGAGGAAAUUGGAGUUGAAAAUGAGCUAAUAGAAGUUAUGUCAAAUCAAGGAAUAUCCUUGCCUACUGAGAUACAAGCUAAGGCUAUACCAGCAAUAUUGAAGGGUUUUAAUACUCUUAUAACGGCUGAGACUGGUUGUGGCAAGACUUUGGCAUAUUUGUUGCCAAUUUUUCAGCAUAUCUGUAUGUGGAAACAACAUGUUUCAGAGGAUUUCAACAGUCCACUUGCUGUUGUUAUAACACCGAGCAGAGAAUUAGCCUCACAAAUUGGAGAAGUAGCGCAAAACAUUGCUCAAGAGCUUAACUUGAAUGUAACCACCCUAAUAGGUGGUAAAACCAAGCAGAAAAUGAUCAAUCCACCCAUAGAAUACUGUGACAUGCUUGUCACUACCCUGGGAGCUUUCAGUAAAUUGGUGACGACCGGUAUUUAUAAGAUAAAUAAUGUUCACCAUGUGGUGCUGGAUGAGGCUGAUACACUAUUGGAUGACAGCUUUCUUGGCAAGCUAGAGAAUUUGUUGAAGAAGUUUGCUAUUCAUCAUAAAGUUGACGUCCAAGUUAUACCUAAUGGCUGCCAAUUGACUUUAGCGAGUGCGACCAUGCCCUAUGAGCUACCUGAGGCCGUCAACUCUUUCGUGGAUCCCGAGUCAUUGAAGACUGUUGUCACUUCUAGCAUUCAUAGGUUAUUGCCACAUGUCCCACAAAAAUUCCUACGCAUUGGCAAAGCCCAGAAGCCUGGUGAAUUAUUGAAACUAGUCCAAGCUGACGUCAACCUCAAACGCCCUGUCAUGAUAUUCUCAAACAAAACCGCCACAUGUGACUUUGUGUCCAUGUUUUUAAAUGAGAAUAAUAUAGAAUGCAUUAAUAUCAAUGGACAGAUGCCGGUUCCACUCAAACUGGGAAAGUUUGAACAGUUCAGAAGUGGGAAAGUCAAUGUGUUGUCUUGUACCGAUAUUGCCUCGCGAGGAUUGGAUACGACUAAUACUGAACACGUUAUAAAUUAUGAUUUCCCUCUAUACACCGCGGACUACAUACAUCGCUGCGGGCGUACUGGCCGGAUUGGUUCGCCGCAAAACUGCUCAGUCACCAACUUCAUAGCUUGGCCGAGAGAAAUACAACUUGUUAAAAAAAUUGAGGAAUCUGUUAGAAAAAAUAGCGAGCUGCCUAGUGUCAAUGCCAAUAUUAGAAGAAUCAUAGAUAAUAGGAUUGCCAAAGGUGUCGACAGAGCGCUGGUGAGAGGUAUAAAAUAAAUUAUAGAAAUUGAGAAUUUAUUUUUGUUAAACAUUUCCUAGAAUAAGAAUAUAAAUGAAGAAUCUGCCAACAUCUAUUUUUCAUACCCUUUAGUGAUAAGUAAUUUCUAGUAAAAAAAAUAGAUAAGGGUGGACCUUAUAAUUUUUUUAACUAGAAAUUAGACAGCUAGUUU